GCCCGGAGGAGCCCGGAGGAGCCCGGCGCCCCGCAGCCCCGGCAUGGAGCGCCCGCUCAACCUCAGCUGCCUCGCCGAUACGACGCCGGACAGCGGCAACAGGAGCGGGUCCUCCGCCGGUCCUGAGGGCGGCCAGGCCCAUCUCUCCGUCUUCAGCGUGUUGGUCCUCACGCUGUUGGCCAUGCUGGUGGUGGCCACGUUCCUCUGGAACGGGCUGGUCCUGGCCACCAUCCUCCGCGUGCGCAGUUUCCACCGGGUGCCCCACAACCUGGUGGCCUCCAUGGCCAUCUCUGACGUGAUGGUGGCGGCCCUCGUCAUGCCCCUCAGCCUGGUGCACGAGUUGUCCGGGCGGCGGUGGCGGCUGGGCCGGUCGCUCUGCCAGGUGUGGAUCUCCUUCGAUGUGCUGUGCUGCACUGCCAGCAUCUGGAAUGUCACAGCCAUUGCCCUCGACCGCUACUGGUCCAUCACCCGUCACCUGGAGUACACGCUCCGCACCCGGCGCCGCAUCUCCAACAUCAUGAUUGCUCUCACCUGGGCGCUCUCCGCAUUUAUCUCUCUGGCCCCACUGCUCUUUGGCUGGGGAGAGACUUACUCAGAGGACAGUGAAGAGUGCCAAGUCAGCCAGGAGCCCUCCUACACCAUCUUCUCCACGUUCGGGGCCUUCUACCUGCCCCUCUGCGUGGUGCUCUUUGUGUACUGGAAGAUCUACAAGGCUGCCAGGUUUCGAAUCGGAUCUCGCAAGAGCAACUCCAUCACCCCCAUUACACCAGAAGCGCUGGAGGUAAAGGAAGCAGCCCAGCAGCCACAGAUGGUCUUCACUGUCCGUCACGCCACUGUUACGUUCCAGACGGACGGAGACACGUGGAGAGAGCAGAAGGAAAAGAAAGCUGCCCUCAUGGUGGGCAUCCUUAUCGGGGUCUUCGUGCUCUGCUGGAUCCCCUUCUUCAUCACAGAGCUCAUCAACCCACUCUGCUCAUGUGACAUCCCACCUGUUUGGAAGAGCAUUUUUCUAUGGCUGGGCUAUUCAAAUUCCUUUUUUAAUCCACUCAUCUACACUGCUUUCAACAAAAACUACAACAAUGCCUUCAGGAACCUAUUCUUUAGGCAGCAGUGAGCAGAAAAAGCUUUCCUGCUGUCCCAGGAAGCUGAUUUUGAGUGUCAAUGGUUCUGACCAAAUUCCUGAGGAAGUCCAAAGCCACAGAUACUGAGGUGAUGCUGAAAAUGCAUCGCCAUGGGUCGUAUGUCCCAGAAUCAGUCCCAGUCCCUAGGCAGGCUCUCCAUCCCAGCCUCUUAGCUGCUGUUUUUCCUGCAAGUAGCAUGUAAGGGCUUCUCCUGCCAGCAGCCUGGCACCCUCGCUCCAGUGCCCUGCUGUGUUCCUCCUGCCUCCCCAGUGAUGCUCUGUUUGGAGGCACCAAAGGUGCAGAGGAGUCCACUGGCAAAGAAACGUUGGUUUGGCUGCUGCUGGUGUCUCCCAGCAUUAAUCAGCUUUGUCCCAUGUGCAAAGCUGGUACCCUAAAACAUCAGGAGGUUUUGUGAUUACAUAUGAGAGUACAUAUUUUAUGGCUUGGCUGAAAACAAGGUUUGUCUUGUCUUUCACUGGUAAAGACUGCAAAGUGUUUGUUUUUUGGGGAAUAAAACCCUUGGUAAGGGUGAAGUGCAGACUACAAUCACCAAGCUUUUUGUCACAUACUUUGGGCAAAAUUGUGUCUGUUUGCUUUCGGAUUCUAUGUAGCAGGUUUUUUUAAAAAAAAAACAACAAACAAAAACUUACUGUGAAAGCUUAAUGCAUGGUGUACCCUGGAAUGAGAGAGGAUGCAUGGGAAACUCACCUCUCAUUCCCCAACUGCUACGUGUGAGCAUCUGUCUCAAACCUUUAUGUUCAGAAAUACCAGCUGUAAUUGCUAAUCUUCAUGCCUGUUGUUUCCCAUUUUAAAACAUAAAUGUAUUUUGAGCAGCUGUGGGCAGAUUUCCUGUAGUUUCAGGGUAUGCAAGGGGUGUAUUUCAAGUUGCCUUUCAAUGAGGAGCUGUGUUUUACUAUUUCUGAGUGCAAUCCAGAACUUGAAACCAAAGCAAAAACGCCACUUUGUUUCCACAAGCACUGGGUUGCAGGCAAAGGGCAGUUAAUGACAGGUGAUAUUUCUUUCUGGAAGCGUAAUCAAACCAUGGAGCUUCUCUUCUGCAAGGAACAGACUUGAAUAUUUCUUUUUUUGCCCACCUGUCCUUCUCUUCCCACCCCUCUAAGGCUCCAUCCCAUGUGGUUGUUACUGCUCUAUUGCCUCCCUGCCUUUCCACAUUGCCAACUUAAUUAUAGUAGUUGGCAUUUCACUCCUCAAAUUAGAGUUACACACUUUAUACUGUGCUGCCAAAAGACUGACAGGACUGCAGAUAAAGGAAAGCAUUAGCUUUAACUUGGUUCUGGGGCAGCCACUGAAAUCAGACCACAACUAAAACAGUGAAAAGAAAAACAAGAUGGAAAUCAGAAUGGCCUGAUUUCAUGUCAGAUAUCUCAAGAAGAGAUAAAAGGGAAAGAUGUCAAUAAAUGAUGGUAAAGCUCCCUGUGGUUGGAUCCUGUAGUAGAUCGUGAGACUUCAGAUGUUAAAAUUGUCACUGGUCCUUGAAACCAGUCAAAAAUCCUGGCAGAGCUGGCAAUAAAAGCCCUUUUUCUUUUGCUGUCUCUGGGCAGGUAAAAAUGGAAGCAGAAGUCAAGGUGCUAUUAAAGCACUGCAGCCCUUUCAGGACCAGUUAGACAAACAUCCAUCAGCACUGACAUGGACAUAGCUGAUCCUGCCUUUUGGCAAGAAGAGAAAUAGGAUAGCCCUUUAGAUCUUCCUUAACACCAUCUUUAAAAAGUCUGAUAGAAAUAUUGGGUAAAACCCUGCCCUCAUUGAAAGUAAUGGACAAUUUUUCAGCGAUUUCAAAUGAAUCAGAUUUUUAUGUGGCAUGUCUUGUCUCGUAAAAGCAUAGUUUUAAUGUUAAUUAAUUCAAGGAGAAGAUGGGUGGGAUGGGAGUAAUCUUCUAAUUCCCAUGAAAGAGGCUCUGACCUGCCCCUUAACUGUGGGCCAAUCUUUACAACUAGUAAAGAGCAUUUUCUUUCUUUGUUACAUAUUUUAAAAUAUUAUUAGUGACAUCUCUGAUGUAUCAAGAAUUGUAAUAAACUCUUGAGCAGCUUUUUUUUA